UUUUUUUCUGGUGCCAACCUGUGGGCCGCUUAGAAGGACUCAUAAUCACGGCGACGGGCGAAGAUGACACGCAAUGUAGAAGGGAAGCUCCAGAAACUGAGGCCACUGGUGGAGAGCUAGCAAGACCCGUCUCUCUCUCUCUCGCUCUCGCGCUCUCUCUCGCUCUCGCGCUCUCUCUCUCUCUCUCUUUUCAUGGGGGGAAGUAAUGACCGGCCUGAACCCAUGGUCGACGGACCGAAGCCGGCAAUAUUCAGGCGAACGGAUUAUUCCCCAUUCAAGUCCACCGUCGCCCUCGCCGUCUGGUUGGGCGCCAUCCACCUAAACUUCGUCCUGUGCCUGGCUGCGUUGUUCCUGCUCCCCAGAUACCUCUCAGUAGUGUUGUUGGGGAUCCUUUUUGUGUUGAUGGUGAUCCCUGUCGACUACAAUAGCAGCAUGGGCCAGAGAUUGUCAAGAUACAUAUGCAAGUAUGCAACUGGGUAUUUCCCCGUGACCCUUCAUGUUGAGGAUAUUAGGGCGUUUGAUCCUAAUCAAGCUUAUGUUUUCGGUUAUGAGCCUCAUUCGGUCCUACCUAUAGGCGUUGUUUCUCUUUGCAAUUACACAGGCUUCAUGCCCCUGCCCAAGAUCAAAGUGUUAGCCAGCAGUGCAGUGUUUUAUACUCCAAUUCUAAGACACAUAUGGACAUGGCUGGGGCUAAUUCCUGCUUCAAGGAAAAACUUCAUUUCAUACUUAGCAGCUGGUUAUAGCUGCAUUCUGAUACCAGGAGGUGUACAGGAACUCACAUAUAUGGAACCAGAUUCUGAGGUUGCGUUCCUUAGGAGACGGCAAGGUUUUAUACGUAUUGCAAUUGAGAUGGGCUGCCCAAUUGCUCCUGUAUUUUGCUUUGGACAGACUAAUGCUUAUGGAUGGUGGAAGCCAAAGGGAGAUUUAUACACUCGUUUUGCUCGAGUACUGAAGUUCACUCCCCUAGUUUUUUGGGGUGUAAAUGGAUCACCAAUUCCGAAGCGGAAUCCCAUGUAUGUUGUUGUGGGAAAACCAAUUGAAGUGAAAAAAACUGUCCAACCUACAAAAGAAGAGGUUGAUGAGGUUCACGGGAAGUUUAUAGCAGCACUUCAGGAGCUCUUCGACAAGCAUAAGGGGAAAGCUGGGCAGCCUGAUCUUCAACUGAAAAUUGUCUGAAUUGGCAAUGGAAGCCUCUAGUCACCCUUCCCAGUGUAUAGUUCCUGUAUCUAUAGAUGUCUGUUUGAAUGCAAUUAUUUUCCAGAUUGUGAAUUACACUUUGCUUCUGGAAUAAAAGUAUCUUGUAGCUGUAACUUUACUCUUUCCUGGGUUAAGGAGAGGGCAUGCUGUGGGCUUCGUCGGUUUGCUCCGUUGCAAGGUAAGGUCCUGGCAAUGAGACAACACCGUUCUCCCAGAGGGUUGUUAAGAUUCUGCAUUUUCUGGCAUCAGUUGCUCGUCUCACUGAGCGAUCCUACGUCUACUUUCCAUGCCCAUUAGUUGUUUCUGCUAUCUGGCAGACGGUGUACUCUCAAACUCGUCCGCAAAGCUACAAGCAGCUCGAGUAGUUUUGAGUUUUAUAUUAUUCUAGAAGAUCAGCACUUUUUUAGUA